AAAACAUGGCUGAGAUGGAGAAAGAAGGGAGACCCCCGGAAAACAAGAGGAGCAGAAAACCAGCUCACCCAGUGAAGAGGGAAAUUAAUGCGGAGAUGAAGGUCCCGGCCAAUCGGCCCCUCCCAGAGGCGGGGCAGGCAGGCAAUCUCCAUGGCAACUCGCCCUACUUGAUGAGUUUUGCCGAAAACACAAUGAAUGAGUUACUUGGCUGGUAUGGAUAUGACAAAGUGGAGUUACGAGAUUCAGACGACAUUGACAUCCGUAACUACCCUGAUGGAGAAAUGCGGCAACACAUCUCUGUCCUGAAAGAGAACUCUUCGCUAAAAGCAUCUACAUUGGAGAACAGCACUGGUUCUCCUCCGCAUGCCAACAGCUCUGGUUCUACUCCCACAUCAUGGAAUGGAGUGACAGCUGAGGUGUCUGCAAACCCCUCCUCCUCUAAGGAGCAUGGAGGCCUGCCAAUCAUAGUGCCCUUAAUCCCGCCCCCUCUGAUCAAAGCACCGUCAGAGGAGGACACCUCUAAUGUUCAGAUAAUGUGUGCGUGGUGUCAGAAAGUGGGAGUGAAGCGUUAUUCUCUCAGUAUGGGCUCAGAGCUGAAGAGUUUCUGUAGUGAGAAAUGCUUCGCCGCCUGCCGACGUGCAUACUUCAAACGCAACAAGCUUGGAUAUGUGAGGAAUUGCAGUGCCAGAGAGGAGGAGGGCGUUCCACACCACAGCUUGUCCAAAGACACGCCCAGACUUGUCCUCAAGACAAACAGCGACGUGCUUGUCUGUGACUGGUGCAAACAUAUCCGCCACACUAAGGAAUACCUGGAUUUUGGUGCGGGGGAGAGGCGGCUCCAGUUCUGCAGUGCAAAGUGUCUGAACCAAUAUAAGAUGGACAUAUUCUAUAAAGAGACUCAGGCUGCGCUGCCAGGGGGACUAUGUAACCCUCCUCUCCCUGCGAGUGAUACUAAAUCAGAGAGCGGAUCAGGUGUACAGAUCCUUACACCUGAGUCCUGGAGCGCACCUCUAAAUGAACUCCGCUGUCGCAGGGCACCGUCACCAGGGGGCUCCACCAAUAUAGCCGGGCCCUCUGGAUCCACAUUGGGGUCACCGUCCGAAACUGGAACUGUGUGUUCAUCCUCAUCCUCUUCAUCAUCAUCAUCAUCCACAAAGAUCCCCACACCGCGGCUUCACGAGAGUCCUGCAUUACCACCCCCUCCCCCACCUCCUUUAGCAGGUUUACACCCAGCUCUGGGUGUGCCGCCUGGCAGCCCGCCAAUGGUCAUGACUCCCCGUGGCCCGGUCCCUCUCCCUCUCUUUAUGGAGCACCAAAUGAUGCAGCACAUUCGCACACCAUUCCUACGUCCCCCAGGCCCCAACAGCCCCCAUUCAAAUCCCAUGAUUCCUGGCAUCGGCCCGCCACCGCCUCCUCGGACAUUGGGUCCUCCGUCGAGCCCCAUGCACCGCCCGCUCCUAUCUCCCCAUGUACACCCGUCCUCCACUCCAACACUUUCUGGGAACCCUCCAGGUAUGUUGCCCCCUCACUCUGGUGCUCAUAUGCCAGCCUUGCCUUUUCCCCCAGUUAACAUGAUGAGAACUGGACCCAUCCCACUUCCGCCCUAUAUGAAUUUCGGCAUGCCUUCUCUGGCCCCCUUAGUGCCACCACCUAUAUUAUUAGUGCCCUAUCCAGUGAUUGUGCCAUUACCAGUCCCUAUACCCAUACCUGUGCCCAUACCGUUCAGUCCGAAAGCAUCAGGUGAUCGACCAGGAAAUGACGGAACACUUCCGAACGCUGCAAGUGAGCGUAGUGAUCCAAGGCCAACCCCCUCAUUUUCUCCCAGCUCCUCUAGAGGGGAGGAGAGAGACUUUCAGCAAGCACCUCCCAUCUCAGAUACACUCUCACCUGGCUUUUCCAAGCAGACAGAUCAGGGCAAGACAAACGUUGUUGAUCUGAUGGUUAAAACAGAAAUCUCUGAUAAUGGAAGCUCUGGAAACUCCCACAAAGACAAACCAGCAGAUGGAGUCAUUGAUCUAACAACCAACCGUCACUCCCGGCAACAGUUAGUUAUCCAGAAGUCUGUAACCUGUGUGCAGGUAAAGCCAGAACCUGGAAUAAGCCCACCACCUUUGCUUGGACACUUACAGUUUAGUGAAACUCGGUUGGAUGGGAUGGCCAUUACAAGCACAGGCACAAUAGAAGAUAACCACGGACACAGUAAUGCUGAAAGCCCAUUGGCUAGUGUGGCACUGCCUUGUGCCGACCCUUCCUACUGCAGUGGAACUCCGCCACUUUCUCAGCCAAUCACAUGCAGCACUACCACUGUUCCUAGCAACACCACCACAACUAAAACUGAGCCUGGGCCUGCAACGCCCUGUAAUGUGAUCGUUAAUGGGAGCUGUAAUGUGCUGUCUGCAGAGGGUCUGAUCAGGACAACACAGUUAGAACAGCGCCCCCUAGUGGACCCCUGCCGCAGGACCGCCACUGUUUGUGAUGAGUCUGCUGGGGCAGAUUUAGAAGGAGAGGACCUGAAAGAGAACAGCUUCUUGGCUACGGAAAGAGACUCGGCAGGUAAGAGAAGCUCAAGUGACCAGUCUGCCAUUACAACAGGAACAGGGGAGGACAAAUCUCAGAGCCCUGAAGAUCCCCCAUCUGGUGAGGACCAUGCCUAUGCCCUGCCCCUGAUGCCCAAACCUGGCUGUGUCAUUCAGCCCGUGCCCAAACCUGCUGACAAAACCGCUGCCAUCCUGCCAUGUGGCUUGACAGUGCCAUUAACAGGAUCGGUGGCCAUGGAAAUGCAGCCUCCGCUGAAGAGAAGGUGUCUGCGUAUUCGCAAUCAAAACAAGUGAC